AUGAGCUACUUUGGAAACAAUAACUCGGGCAACAACCCACUAGCUUUUCCUUCCUAUAAUCAGCUGUCGCUCCAGCUGCGCAACAUCGCGGCGCUUAACAAUAUCACCGGGUCAGUUUCUCAAAUUCAGCACCAAUUCCAUCGUCAGCACAUUGCUCCACAUCUCCAGCAGGGUCAGCCACAAACACAGGGACCAAAUGCUCCACUGGUUGCCAAUGGCGCGGGCGCCGGCCGUGGGAAUACAGUCAACACUGGGGGGCAACCUCCCAACAGACCUCCAUUGGAAUCUCAGCAGAGCCAGGGUCUGGGUGGCUCUCAAAAGGAUAAGAACCUGACAGACAACAUUGACGAUAAGCUCUUGAAGCGCGAGCGGAAGAACCGGCCGGGCCAGAAGUUUGGUGCAAAGAAGAAGUCGUGGGUGUGGACAUGGUUUGUUCAGGAUCUGAGUGAUCCAAAUGUUGCCGUGUGUGAUUAUUGCGGCAAGAUUAUUACUCGGAUGCCUUCCGAUAAGGGUUCACCCAAGAAAUUGAGUGAACAUUUAAAGACACAUAAACUUAGCAAGGAUCUGAUCAAUACGACGCGUCCAAUUCCCAUUGAUGGGAAUGGCAUCACCUACACGCUGGGUGGGCUUCAAAUGGCUUAUCUGGGAACAUUUCCGCUGCCUUCUGGUGGCAAUGCCGUUGUUUCACAGAACAAUGAAAUGCUUGUUGAACAGCAACAGCAACAGCAACAACAACCACAACAACAGCAACAGCAACAGCAGCAACAGCAGCAACACCAACAACAGCAGCAACAGCAACAGCAGCAGCAGCAACAACAACACCAACAACAGCAACAGCAGCAGCAACAACACAUGAUUCAGCACCCGAUGCUGACUCAGAGCCAUGCUCAGCCAGCACCACAACACAACCAUGACCAAGACGAUAUCUCACCAGAACUCAAAACCAAAACCAAGUACAGACGGACAAAUGGCAUGCAGAGCCUUCCCAACGAUCGAAUGCAAAUACACCCACAACUCUCGCAUCCCAAUGCUGGCAGCCAGAACAACACCGUUCAAUACGGGAGAAGGUUUAUUCUGCCAAACUUCGACAACACGCCGUAUCUGGCAGGCAAGUUUCACCGGCACUUACUCAAGUUCUUGACUGACAACAAACUCGCUUUCCGUUUAUUAAAGCUGCAUCUGUUCCAACAGCUUAUUUACGAUUUGCGUCCCGAUUCGAUCACCGAUUUGUUGGAACUCACAGGGCUAUACUCGUCAUUUGUCGAGGUUUCACGAGUCGCCAACGAUGCAGACAACCAGGAAGCUCACGAAUCAUCGAUGGCUGAGGCAAGCGUGGUGAACACUUUGGCACAGGAGCUCAUCAAGAAGUAG